CUCCGCUCCCCACGGCCCACUAUGAACGCCAUUCGCCAGACUCAGGCGCUCAAUAAGCGCGAGCUUGAAAGUGCGGUACCACCCGAGGCGUCAUGGCAUGCAGACUACCGCGACACCGCGUAUAUUUACAUCGGCGGGCUUCCACUAGAUCUCUCUGAAGGUGAUAUUGUCACGAUAUUUUCUCAGUAUGGAGAGCCGGUCCAUAUCAACCUGCUUCGCGACAAGGAAACGGGCAAGAGCCGAGGCUUUGCGUUCCUGAAAUAUGAGGACCAGCGCAGCACAGACCUUGCAGUCGAUAACCUGGGAGGCGCAACAGUUCUAGGAAGGAUGUUGCGUGUGGAUCACACCCGAUACAAGCGCCGUGACGAUGAGGAAGAAGGAGACAAUGUCGCAAGACUGAUGGGUGACGCGACUAUCACUGAGAGCAAGAAGGAUGGCGACGAUGGUCGACGUGAUCGCAGGAGACAGCAUAGCGAUGCCGAUAGAGAGGAGCGCCGACCCAUGCUGAAGGAGGAGAAGGAGCUCCAGGAGCUCAUUCAGAACCACGACGAGGAGGAUCCAAUGAAGGAGUUCCUUAUCGAAGAGAAGAAGGAAGAGGUUGCACUUGCGCUAGCCAAGUAUCAGAACAGCAAAAAGUCUUCCAGAAGACGAGGAGAUAGCAGAGAACGAUCCAAUCGACACCAUCGCCGCCAUCGCUCUCGUUCCACGGAACGCAGACGCCGUGAUGACCGGUCCCCCGACAGAGAGAAGAAAUCGCGGCGGCGGUCGGCAGAUCGCGAGGAGAGGUCGAGAAGGGACCGCUCCCCAGAGCGGGAAGAAUAUCCUCGGAGGGAUCGGUUGGCAGAGAGGGGAGAACGGCCUAGGAGAGACCGUUCAACUGAGCGAUCGCGCUCGCCAGGCGCACGAAGACAUCGCAGUGAUCGAGACCGACAUGAUCGUCGCCGCUGAAGAGUUCUCAUACGCCCUGUCUAUGCUCGUUUUAUGACCGAUCACGAACGAGACUCCAUAUACAAAAAACUUUGUGAUAUCUACACGAACUGGUCCAAUCCUCGCAGUCCACUGUAUCUAGCUCGGACAGGCCAAGCCACCGCCCAGCAGUGGUAUCAAAUCCUCAAGGCUUUCGUCCUUGAUUCUAUGCCUACGUGUGGGUAAUCGCAUAUAUUCACAGCAUUGGAUCCUUGGACAUUUUCAGCCCCCCAGAUAUCGUUUCCAACCGUCGCGCAUGCAAUACCGCUUUCCGUCAUCACCAUCCCGCAGAAUGAACUUCUCCCAACGUCCAUCCUGGCCAGAUCCAAUCACCAAAAGAGUUCGAUUAUCCAUCCACCCAAUGACACCUUUGGGAGGGCGCCCCAUUGAUGUGCCCAUCGGUGUCGCAUAGGGUGACCCCGGUGUUGCCUCAUCGCCAAUCUCAAAAUGCGCACUAGCAAAUGAAUAUACAUCAGAGAAUACUCGCGGUAGCAGAGGCAGUCUGCCGAGGAUACCCCAUUUCUGAUUCGUCCCCUCCUCAGUUACUGAAGCGGGAGACUGGCUCUGGUGGGCGAGAUGAGGGUGGGGUAUAUCGAAGAUGUGAAGUGUUGAUUUGUCGGAAGUUACUGCAAGCAGUGUAUUGGAGGGAGAGAAUGAAAGAGAAAAUAUCACCGCAUGGUCUACACCUCGGCGCAGUUCUGCCAGCUUCGUACAAUUCCCUGUAGAGAACACACGAAUCAAUGUUCCCUAGAGAAUGUUAGUAGUGUAGAGAGUCAAUUAGCGCCAGUCGGCUUCUUACCGCUUCGCUGGCAGUUGCAAGCACUUCCCCAUCAGGACUCAAUGUCAUGGCGCGCAGAGGAGAGCUAUGUGCCGGUAUGAUGCUGAUAUUGCCCGUCUCCAGCUCGACGACUUGCACCUGUCCCGGGGACCGGCCUGGGAAAGCAAGCAGCUUCUGGCCCAGACAGGCCAGUCCCAGCGGGUUAUCCGAAGUCUCGAAUACGGAUAGCUUCUGUGGGGGUGUUGAGAAUGCGAAUACAUGGAUGCUAUUCAAGAGCGCAACCACGAUUCUGGAUUUGGAAAGGCGAACCCCGAGAACGGAGGUACGGAAUUCGAGGGUCAUGGCGGCUUUUUGCUUUGCGUCAUCCCAGAUGACAAGCUGAAUGGGAAUUUUGUGAGUGCUUAUUCCACAUCUGAAUGGUAAGCGAGGGUUGCGCGCACUUUGUUUUGGGGAAAUUUGGGGUUUCGUCCUCCGCCGACAAUCGCGAGAUAGUUC